AUGGCAAGCGCCCUGCUCCUGAUGCUGCUGCUCUCCCUCGCCUCAGCCCAGUCGUUUUCUCACCAGCGAGGCCUCAUCUUCAAUUUGGACAAUGGGGAGCUGUGUCUGCAAAGCGCUCAGUGCAAAAGCAGGUGUUGCCACAGGACUGACAUGUUAAGCCUGGCUCGUUGUGCGAACCGAGCAGCCGAGAAUCAGGAGUGUUCCCCCAAGAGCAUCUACGGGGUUUACUACAAGUGUCCCUGUGAGAAUGGCUUAACCUGCGAGACUGAUAAGAGCAUCGUGGGAUCCAUCACCAACACCAACUAUGGCAUCUGCCAGGAUCCUGGGAGCUUGUCCAAGUAAAAGUGGAGUAACGGCAUAGGAAAUGUUCCCACGCCCGCGCCCCGCAGCCGUCACCCCCUUCCCACGCCCGCGCCCCACAGCCGUCACCGCCUUCCCGCGCCCCACAGCCGUCACCCCCUUCCCACGCCCGCGCCCCACAGCCAUCACCCCUUCCCAUGCAUGCACCCCUCCUCUCCACCAUAUCUACUGUAUACACCAGGCACCUCUUCCCAUUCUCCUUUCUCUGCACCUCUCACUCCACACCAUGCAGAUAUCUGGCUCGUUGUCCCCAGACCCCUUUCACCCAGCCCACACACUGAUCCCUCUUGCUGUCACCAACACCUGCACCCGUCCCUCCACACCGAUCCACACCACACACGCACACACCUACACUCAGCUCUGCUGGAGUAAUGCACACGGAUCCUGAAUGACAUUUGAUUAUCGGGCGUCCCUCUGUGCUGGGUCUGACAAUUCAGAGCACCCUGGGUGAAACAAGAACGCAUCAGUUCAAUACCCUCCAAGAGCCAUUAUUGUUUCUCCCCCAGCCCUCAAAAAUAACUACCCGCCUCUAUUGCGCACUGUAUCUUCAGCUGACACUUUGCAAAAGGGGCUGCAGCCCCCUUUCUGGUGCCCCCUCCUGAAUCCCAUUGUUCAUAAGCUGUGCCAACCUCACCCAGCCUUGGCCCUGACUUCCCACUGAUUACAUCAUUGUCUCUCUUUCUGCAAGAACAGCCCGGCUUCUUCAUGGGACUGCUGCAACUCUUGUGCCCAUCCAUGUCACCCUAACCGAUCUGGCUGGGGAUGGGCCGGGGGAAAGGCGCUCUUGUUGGACUUUCCACUAAAACGUUUCUUCUCCUGGGGUAACGUGAGAUCAGGCAUCGUUCCCCAUCUCCUCCAGUUAAUACACAGGUAGCUAGGCCAGGAUCUGUUCCAGGGACCAAGAUAGAGAGAGCAAAGGGCCUGUAGCAGGUGGGAAGGGAGAGGUUGGGUGGAAGGUAGGGUAGAGGGGACUUCAGACCAACUCAAAGAAGGCUCAUGCCUUGGGCAGAACAAGGUUGGAGAGGGAUUUCCUCUCUCUAGGUGAAAUCCACCCCUGCACAAUGGGUACUUCAGGUGGUGCAAAAGCCCUGGUCCGGGGUGAAUUAAUCUCCUAGACUGAUGCUUGCUCAGUAUUCGUGCUGGGCAUAGAACUGCGGGCAGUACUGUAGCUGGUUAACUCAGCCGGUCAUUCUCCCUGUGGACUACACAGGGCAGAUUGCAAUUAUCUCCGAUUGAGUCCAUCACUGAAAUCAUUCAACUAGCAGCUUUCUUUUGCUCUCCAGCAAGACCUCACCUCCCAGGAUGCACCCUGGCCACGCAACUCCCACAAUGCACUGCCUUUCCUCCCCCUGAGAGGAGAUCAGGGUGCAUUGUGGAAGACUGAGUCCAACCAGGGAGCCUGGUCUACAGCGGUGAAUGGGAGCAUGAGGCACCCAAGCUACAAUUCCCAUGAGGCACCGCAGCAGCCUUUCAGAAUUGAACCAUUUUGGUUUUCAGCCAAAAUACUUCAGACUUUGAUUUUUCUUUCUCUCCAAAAGUCAAAUUUUUCUGCAGGGAAACCCCCCAUUUUCUGACCCCCUCUA